AUGGGAAAUGUAUCACACUUUGUUAAUCUUUGCAUAACUCACUUGAUUUUGGUGUCUUUGGCUUUAGCCGAAGGACAAAAAUGUCGAGAGCCCGAGCUUUUUGGUUGCAGGCAGGACAUCGAAUUGAACGAUAAAGAGCUUGUGAGGCGUGUAAAUUUUGCGAUAGCCGAGCAUAACAAAAAGGCGGGAAAAAAUUUGAUUCUUGUGAAGGUGAUCAUAGGAAUGAAACAACCCGAAACUAACAACGACUAUAAGUUUCUAAUUUCGACCAAGGAUGGUACUAAUGUCAAUGCCAAUAGGGAGUUUUAUAUUGCUAAUGUUUACGCUAAAUGUCCUAAAAAGGGCGGGCUUGGGUUUGAAUACUCAGCGAAUGAAGUGGAGGACCUCCGUAGCCUGUAUGGCCGGUGGAGAGCCUACUACAAAUUGGACGAGCCAACCAAUGAUCGGUUCCCGGCUUUCAGAGAGAAUGUGCUGCGAAUUCACCGUUUCAACCAGCUGGACGAGCCGUACAAGCUCGGGCUGAACCAGUUUUCAGACCUGACGGCCCAAGAGUUUGCUGCCCUGCACCGGUGCCAGCCGGGACCCCGCCAGCCCCUAGAGGAAGAAUUCGGGCAGGAGCAUGACAUUUCAGACCUUCCAACCUCGGUCGACUGGAGAGCCAAAGGGGCUGUCACAUACGUCAAGAAUCAAUUAAAUUGCAGAUCUUGCUGGGCUUUUUCGGCAGUGGGAGCCGUGGAGGGGAUAAAUUUCCUGCAGACGAGAAGGCUGGUUUCGUUGUCGGCCCAAGAGCUCGUGGACUGUGACAAACAUAACAGUGGGUGCCGUGGAGGGUCUGAAGUCCGGGCAUUUGACUUCAUCAGGGACAGAGGCAUCACAUCCGAGCGGGUAUAUCCCUACGUGGGUAAACAGAGAAUCUGCAAUUCAACUAAAGUCAAGUCCCCCGUGGUGAAAAUCACCGGAUAUAAGAGAAUCCCUCCAAACAAUGAAAAAGCACUGAUGAAAGCCGUGGCACAGCAGCCUGUUUCGGCUGCGAUUGCAGCCGACAAUGAUUUCGGGCACUACAAGACGGGAAUUUAUACCGGGAAUUGCACCACGGAUCUGGAUCAUGCUGUAACGGUGGUUGGGUACGGGACGACCAAACAAGGAAUAAAAUAUUGGAUCGUUAAAAAUUCUUGGGGAGGCUCAUGGGGAGAAAGUGGUUACAUCCGGAUGGCACGGGAUGUUAAAUACAAGUCGGGAAUGUGUGGCAUUGCUAUGGAAGCCAGUUAUCCCAUGACAAACGUGCUUUCUGCAAUAUCUCAUGAUCACGGUCACGAGAUGUGA